AUGAAGAAGAUUUGGCAAAAUAGGAAGGACAAACGGAAAAGUGUCCUUCCAUCUGUGACUCCAUUGGGAAGCUCGGGCCUAGUUGCCAGCCCUGACACCGAUAAGUUUCCCACGUCUCAAUCUACCAAAACGAUUGCUUAUUCUUCCAGUUUAGACCCCUUAGAUCAUGCUUCCAGCCAUAAAGGCGUGAAUCUUCUGAAGAAAAAGGUUUCGAAUUUGAAUUUUGAAGAGGAACGAUUUGGUUCUGAUUUUGAAGAAGAGGACGAUCUCGAAGAUGAUUUCCACCACCCUGGUGCCGUGCCUAUGGAGUCUCUAAAAUCUCUGGAUUUUGACCCUGCUACUUAUCAAAGUGAAAGCUUUGUAGCCACUAAUCAGACACCCUUGAAGAAUUCAGAGCCCCAAAGUAAAUCCCCAAGGAAAGUUCAAGCUCCUCAGAAACCUCUUCAGUCAUCCACAUUGAAACCCAACGCUAACAUUCAAUCUUUGAUGCAGCCUGAUUGGGAUACUACCAUCGCCAAGACGGGGUGGGUUAAUAGAAUCCAGUUAAACACAGAAAAGAACGAACCCAAAAAGGAAGAUCUGAGAUUGUAUAGAGCUGAGCUGAAGGGUUCUCACCUGUAUAUUUACAAAGCUCCGCCAGAGCUUAGUGAGGUGAAAUUUUUAGAUAUAGAUUCAAAGCAGAUCGGUCAAACUGAAAACGAGCCUUCCAACCAAGAAUCUGACUCUGCUUCUCAGACUAUUGGCUCUUCCAGUCUACAGUCUUCUGGUUCAUUUUACAAGUUGCAAAGUUCGUCCAUGUCAACCGUCAAUUCUCAAGGUACUUUGAUAAAUGAAAACAGCUCUACAGCAAGAAGUAAAUCCUCAGCAUCACACAUAUCGAAAGAAAGUGAUAUUUCAGAAUCUAUUAGUGGGACAUGUGUUAGUGCAAGCGUUCAUAAAAGCCAGGAACCACUUAGAAUCACCUAUGCUUCGCCGAAAUAUCCCCAUCCUGAAUUGAUUUUAGAAUCAAAUACUGAUACUAUUUUAAAUGGAUCAUUAGAAAGCAUCUGUCAUACGAUAUUAUUCAAUACAUAUACUGACGGCAGUGGUGACGACUCCAAGCUGAGUGCUCACCUGAUUUCCAUUCUGCCAUUAUUCGGAGACAUUCAUAAGGCCCUGUUAAUUUUCACUAAAUAUUCUGAUAUGUUUACGACCCACAUUGCGAAAUCUGAGAUGGAUAUGAGCAACUUGAUUCCCAUUCAACCAACAACCGAGAAAUUUAUGGCUGAAAGAUUGAUUUACGUGGUUACAUACAUCCGAGAUAGCUUUCCUGGGAUGUUACUUGAAGAAGAAAUAUUCAAGAAUCUCUGGGACCUUUUACUGAGUAUAGAUUCGCAUGAAAAUACGAAUGAGUUGAAAAGAUCUAUUCAUUUGAAACAACAAUCUCUCUUGGAGUUAACAAAUUUCAGUACCAUUUCUCCUUCAUCCAAUGACCCGUUGUCAGAACUCAAUGCUCAAGUUUUUAUGAAUCUGGAUCUGAAAGUUUUUGCUCAUGAAAUCAAUGAAAUCAAUUUGGCCUUCAAUAGAAGGUGGGAUGCUGAGUCUGAUAUGUCUCUCUUAUUUGAAUCAGUAUUGGACACUUACUCUUAUCCAAGAAAAAAUCCUCUUAUUUUCAAUUCUGUAAAUAAUGUUCACUACCUUGCAAGAUUAUUAACAUACCAUUUACUUCAAGAUCCCAUGGCAACUAAAAACCCUAAGGUAAGGGCAGCUUUAAUUUCGAAAUGGAUUGCUCUUGGUUCUCAUUUUGAUGCCAUUGGCGAUAUGGUUGGCUGGUUGGCAAUUGCGACCUGUAUAUGCUCCAUCCCUAUCCUUCGACUAAAGGAGACGUGGUCCGAGGUCAGCGAAGACGAUAUCGAAAUAAUAUCAAAGAACUGGGCUCCUGUCGUUUUCGAACUAGACAGACGGUCAAUGAUAAGUGAGUCCAGCCAUCGAUCUUCUUAUCAUGUAAUCGCUCCUCAAGGAAUCGGUAAAUGUUACUCGAAGGAUAGAGUUAUACCGUACUUUGGGGAUCUUUUUGUUAAGAAAACAAAAGUCCCAACAUUCAAGCAAUGUGAAAAAAUCUGUCAAAGGGCCCAGCUCUCAUUUGCCAGGUGGAAUGAAUAUUUGGUUCAGGUUACAGAUGAAGAGAAUUUGCAGAACGAAAACAUAACAUCUGAUCCCUCUAUUAGAGAUAAGCUAAAAGCACUUUUGGAGUACCAUGUGAAUGCUUCCCCUCUAGCUCAAGAAGAUAUUAUGAAUUUAUCUUUGGAGGUAGAGCCUAGUUUCAAGGGACAUUUUAGCAGGUAUCAUAAUAGUUCAAGAUCGCCGCUGUUUUUAGGGUCCUACAUAUCUGUCAUUUUUCCUACCCUUCUUCCUAAGUAUAGUGUUUAUGAUCAACGUGCACUCAUUGGUGCUACUGGAAAUGAUGGAUCUACACUUUUGAAUGAGGUCUACAAGUUCUCUAACCAAUCUGGAAUUUUGAAUUCUGGAUCUACUCAGAAUCUGAACGUAAUCACCAGAGAACAACCUAAUGAGUCUGAAGCAAUAGGUGAGAAAAGUGCUGAGAAAGGAAGACUUGGAAGAAAUCAAUUUUUGAAGACGUUGCGUGACAUAUUCAACAUCGAGUCAUCGGAAUUUAGGGUGUAUGAUAGCAUAAUUUUCAAGACUAUGUUGAAACCAGGUAGUGAUUUAGGUCUUGAAGAACCUGAGGUUCCACUUCCAUUUGUACACCGAUCAGAUAAGCACAAUGAUAUUUCAGAGAGAGAUUCAAACUAUGCUGAUGUUACCGGUACCCCUGGUUCGGUAAAACGGUCAAGGCCUUCAAGCAUUCUGUUUACUGAAUCCGCUAACACGAAGCGAUACAGUAAUUAUUCUCUUAGUGGUUUAAAUUUAGAGAGCAUUCCUGGAAUUCUGGAUGGAAGAAAAUCUGAUCAAUACUCCAAAACUAAUAACUCGACUCAACCGCUAUCAGUGGAAAUUUUAGCAAAAGCUGCAACUCUGGAUAGAAUUAUCGAUUUACUGGUCCUGACAUCGUCUAUAUUUGGUUCUGAGAUUUCAACUGAAGAUGUACGAGCAUUUUUGGGUGAUGAAUAUCCGAGACCAAUUUCGUUAAAGAUGGACAAUGGUAUAUUUACGCUUACCUUUUUUGCCACCUAUAGGUCGUUUUGCAUGACAUCGACAUUAUUGAAAGGAUUGGUCAGACGUUUUGUUGGCUCAAAAUCUGCUGCUCUAUCUAUCGCUAAACGGCGGGAGAAUCCAAACUCCAAGAACUUUGACUUCAAAGCCUAUCCAAAUUGGGAUGUUAUAAUUGAUGAAGGUCAUGAAUCAUACGACAAUAUUGUUUGGAAGUAUGUCGCUCAAAUUCAAAUUGGCGUGCUUGAGGCGUUGCUAGUACUGGUGAAGAACUACUUUGAUCAUUUUAUAGACGACCUGAACUGCAAGAACCUCUUCUCUGAAUUCUUGAGAAUAAUUGAUCACGAAACUAUAAUACAGUGGUCAAAAGUGCUAAACUCGCUUGAAUCCAAAAACGAGGAUACUUCAGAGCUACAAGCCUGUCAUCAACAGAUUCUACUACUCUACAAGAAGACUAGAAAAGCUUAUAUCAAAAGAAGCUAUAGACCAAAUGUUUCUCCCUCAAACCUCGUCACAAGACCAGAAUUUUCAUCCGAUUCUUUACACCAUUCAACUUUUCCUGCAUAUACUGACAGACCGGCAAUUGAUUCUUUUAUAACCAAUAUUGAGGCAUCUUUAUCUGAUAUCUCAAAAGGGGUUUCUCUUGAAGAUUGGCUAAGUGUGUUUGAAGCUAUCGAAAUUCAGUCGUCAAAGUCUUUCACAGGAUUAUUUGAUUAUCACCUUCAACCACUAAACACACCUGAAGAGAACCUUAUCAUUUCAAAUGUGUUCUAUUGGAUCGAAUCUUUGUACGACGAUACUUGCGGCGAUAACAGAGUUUCAGUGCUAGAUAAGUUCCCGGUCACCAUAAGGACAUUGUUUUUGUUCUACUUUAAAUUGAAAUCCUAUGUUGUAUGCCAGUUGACUGAUUUAACCAUUACAAAGGAAGAGCGUACCAAAAGGAUGGCUUCAGUUUUAUUAAUCUUAGCUUUAGCUAGGGAUCGAAUGUCCCCACUUAACUUGUUCGAUCCUCUGGAAGGCGAGCAGUUUGAUGUUUCUCCUCAUGUUCCUAGCUUAUUGGAAUCAUGUCUGAGUAAUGCUAUUGUUUCUCCUGAAGUCAGAAUAUUCGCUCAUAGUUUACUGAAAGCAUCAGCGGAACUCAAAGCCUACAUGAACAAUCAACCGACUAAAGCACCUGUAAAAAGCCUCAUGUCUUUGCUGCCGUCAUUGCCACAAGAAGAUAUUAAAGGCGGAUCACUUACAGCUUGCCCUGGUUGGAUUGUGGAGAGGCUGAUUGAAAUAGCUUGUUACAUUCCUAACAUGAGCGUGGAGAAUACAAAACUCAUUAAUUUUGAUAAGAGACGGUAUGCUUACAAUUGUAUCAGCAACAUUUUGGAUUUGAACGAUGCACCAGGAAACGCAGACAUAGAAGAGAAUAGCAACUGGUUAUUUGAACUCAAUUUGGAGAACCCUGAUUUCAAAAGCGUUAAAGAUUGCGCAUCCAGAGAGUCAAAAGAAUAUAUGAAAGAAGGCGCAACUAAACAGCCCAGUUUGUUUUCUACACUGAUUUCCAUACAAAUGACUAUAUUACGAAGAGAGCAUGAUAAACUUACCUUUUUGUCAAAACAAGAACGAAGUAAGCGUCUUUCCAGUGCUGUACCCCCAGGCAGGCAGCAUUUGAACUAUCGUCGUACAGAUAUGAACAGGGCAGUAGGUGGCGAUUCGUCUUCACAAGUAUCUACGUCAAUGACUAUUAAUACUGAUAAAGCAUCACAUGCUAAGAAUUUGAGGAGACCAAGCAGUAGCAGCAAUAAUCAUAACGUGCCAACAAAUAGCAAGAAGGUCACAGCAUCGUCUCGUUUUAAGAUUUCAGAUAUUCUGAACAAGGCUUCGAAACCUUUUUCUUUGGGUUCCCAACCAGCACCAGUGAAGAUUGUUGGUUUACAUCAAAUUCCAGACGCCAGUCUGUUUAUGGAACAAAAAGUCAAGCCUUCAAUCGUUAUCAACCUUCGAACUGCUAGUGCCUUUUCUGUUUAUAGGCUUUCUGCCGCAUUUAAGAUCGCAUCGACUGUCAAUGACAACGAAUACAUGUUCCAGGCAACCGGUGAUUCUGAGAAGGAAGAUUGGAUUCACAGGAUCAAUUUUGCAAAGAGACACUGGUUUUUUUCCAAACUAACCAAUAAGAGCUCAUCAUCUACACUGGUAUUUGGCGUUCCGUUAGACUACAUCUGUCUUCGAGAGAACAGCCUUGUCCCCAUCGUCAUUGAAAAGAUGAUGGCUGAAAUUGAAGUCCGUGGACUGGAAGAGGUUGGUAUCUACAGAAAAAGUGCGUCAUUAUCUGUUUUGAACGCCCUUAAACAAGAGAUCGAUGAAAAUGGUGAUAUCAACAUGGAAAGCAACCUUAUAUUUGACAUUAAUAACGUCACCGGGUGCAUAAAAUCGUUCCUCAGAGAAUUACCUGAUCCAUUAAUACCAAGCCAUUUGAUUCCAGAGUUUGCCAAGGCCAGAGAAAUUACUAGCAACUCAUCAGAAGAGCAAAAAUGUGAAUUAUACUCCCACAUCCUGUCAGCUGUUCCAUUUUACAACUAUCAACUACUGAAACGAUUGAUUCGCCAUUUAAAGAUUGUGGAUGAUUAUAAAGAGUUCAACAAAAUGAGUGCUUCCAACCUUGCGACAAUUUUGGGGGCUACCUUCACCGAAACUGUUUCUCCAGCUAUCACGAGAGACUAUUUUGGUAUCAUGAACUUCAUUUGUGAGGACUUGAUCAACAAUUACGAUGAUGUGUUUGAAGAGACGGAAGAGAUCUGA